AUGGGACGUAAAAAAAUCCAAAUUCAACCCAUCAAAGACGAUCGUAACAGACAAGUUACAUUUCUUAAGCGAAAGCACGGCCUGAUGAAGAAGGCUUACGAAUUGAGUGUGUUGUGUAAUUGUGAGGUAGCAUUAGUGAUCAUUCCCUCCAACAACAAGAUGAUCCAGUACUCUAGUUCAGACAUGACAACAUUGAUGAAUCAGUUCAAUGAGAACGAUGCACCUAAAGAAAUCAAAACAAACCAAGAUUUUAUCGAAAAUGCGGACAAUAGCAAGAAUGAAGACGAUGUUGAAUCACAAAUUUACUCUGAGCAUGAUCCCAAUGAUCAGCAAGCAACAAAGCACGAGAAAUUCGGUCAUCACAUCAUGAUGGCACAACCUGUUCAACAACAGCAUUACAUUUAUCAACCACAGCAACAUCAUCCCAUUGCGCAGAUGGUCCCGACUCAAUCUGGCAUGUCAUUUUCGUAUACGCCUCAUGGUAAUGGUUACACUAUGCACCAGCAGCCACCUGUUGUAUUACAACAACAACAACAACAACAACAACAACAACAACAACAACAACAGCAACAACAAGUGAUGCCUCCGCCCGUCAAUGCUCAACCACAAACAUAUGAUCACAUGUACCAUCAUCACCAACAACAGUUUCAACAACUUCAUCAGCAUCAUCAAAUCCAGCAGCAACAAAUGUACUUGUUUCAGCAACAUCCCACUACAUUACAAAGAUCGUUUACAGCUCCUGCUGCCAACACCACCACCACCGUCGCCACCACUGCUUCUAGCACAGGUUUGAUGUAUCCAUUGGGCACACCUGGCUUGUAUCAUUCUCCCAAUAGUUCACCUGCAACGACUCAGCAAGAGUUUUCACCAGAUCAAUCUCCUAGAUCAGAGCCUGGAACACCCGAGAAAAGACCGAAACUGAGAGUGACCAUACCGGCAGAGACCACGCAACAAGAUGGUAACACCAAGGAAGAUGCCAACUAUAACAAUAGUCUACCUCCACCUUCCGCUUUACCAAGUCAAUUUGUACAAAACUUGCCUUCACCAUCCACAUUUUAUCCCGAAUUUUAUCAAUCCAACUUCAUGAUGAGCCCGAUCCAUAGUAACAGCAGCAACUCAGCCGGUACUUUCAUGAUGCCGACCUCUCCAUUUGGCGGCAAUAGAACAAAUGAAACUAUAAGAAAGAGGUCGAUUAUUCAAUCUGCCCACAAUAAUCGCAAUGCCCCUUUGGAUGACCAUUCUAGCAAGAAAAUCAAAGUAGAAAACUAA